CGUCGUAUCAACGUGGUAAUUAGGGGACUACUGCACUCUACCAUAUGCCUGGCCCCUGGGGAUAAAGGUUGUUAUCCAAACCCCGUUAAUCUUAUCUCUGCAACUCAAAGCCUCAUCCAGAAUCUUUAGGGCUCUAGAAGUUUUACGCUUUUAUGAUCUAACGAAUUGCUGGUUUUUUAGCACAAAAAGGAAACAUGUUGCGUUACUUAAAGGUGAUCUAUCAAGACAAUAUGAAGUCUACUGGUGAAGAUUUGCUAAGUGCAAUAAUCCCUUUGAUGAAGCUCCUUUCCCUCACGGUUAUAGGUCUGGUUCUUGCACUCCCAAAAACUCAAAUAAUUCCUAGAGCGACAUUUAGGCUCCUCAGCAAGCUUGUUUUUGCUUUGUUCUUGCCCUGCCUAAUCUUUACCGAACUCGGUGAAAGCAUUACACUUGAGAACUUUGCUGAUUGGUGGUUUAUACCGGUUAAUGUAUUAGUCAGUACAGCUAUUGGUUGCUUCCUUGGGUACUUGGUCGUGGUUAUUUGCCGCCCGCCUCCACAGUUUAAAAGAUUCACCAUUAUCAUGACUGCAUUUGGUAAUACUGGAAAUCUCCCUCUUGCCAUUGUUGGAUCAGUCUGUCAUACCGCAGAUAACCCAUUUGGAUCCCAUUGUCAUUCGAGAGGGGUGGCUUAUGUCUCUUUUUCUUCAUGGGUUUCUGUGAUUCUUGUUUAUACCCUCGUGUAUCACAUGAUGGAGCCUCCAUUGGAAUAUUAUGAGAUUGUUGAAGAAGGGGGUGAGAUUGAAGAACAAGAAGCAGUUAAUGAUGUCAGUAGGCCACUCCUUGUAGAAGCUGAAUGGCCGGGUAUUGAAGAUAAAGAAACUGAACAUUCCAAGACACCCUUUAUUGCUAGAAUUUUCCAAAGCAUAUCAAAUGUUUCUCAGUCAUCUUUUCCUGACGUUGAGGUUUCAGGAGAAGGCAGUGCGAACAGUCCCAGGUCCAUUAGAUGUUUGGCUGAGCCUAAAGUCGUCAGGAGGAUCAGAAUUGCUGCCGAACAAACUCCAAUACAGCACAUUCUUCAACCUCCAACUAUUGCUUCUUUGUUAGCUAUCAUUAUUGGGACAGUGCCUCAAUUGAAAGCUUUUCUCUUUGGAUAUGAUGCUCCACUAUCUUUUGUUACAGACAGUUUAGAGAUUUUAGGUGGUGCAAUGGUGCCUUCUGUGAUGCUUAUUCUUGGGGGUAUGCUUGCUGAGGGGCCAAAUGACUCUAAACUUGGGCUUCGAACUACAGUUGGUAUAAGCAUAGCGAGGCUCUUGGUGCUUCCCGUGCUUGGAAUUGGUGUAGUAGCAUUGUCUGAUAAACUGGAUUUUCUGGUCCACGGUGAUGCAAUGUACAGAUUUGUACUUUUGUUGCAGUACACAACACCAAGUGCCAUUUUAUUGGGAGCAAUUGCCAGCUUGAGGGGAUAUGCAGUUAGUGAGGCGUCAGCACUUCUCUUUUGGCAGCAUGUGUUCGCCCUCUUCUCCCUUUCGGUGUAUAUUUAUAUCUACUUCAAAAUAAUCCCAUAUGUUUGAGGUUUGGCUAAUACUUUACUGCCUCAAGGACCCUUCAAUUAGUGGUUAAAGUGGCAUUCUGAGAGCAAACACCCUCCGCCUUCAUGUUAACUGUGCACGUCUUGCCCCCUCCGGGCUGCCCUGCACUGUUUGUUCUGAUCUUUGAUCUUGUGGGAGGAGGUAGGUAUCCUCCCUGAUCCAUCAAGUGCAAAUGGCCUAGCCAUGUUGGUCAAGAAAAUGACCCCAAGUCACUGAAUAAAGUUUGCUCAACCACAGGCUUCAACCCUGACAUAUGGCAUCCCUAUCAGCUAUUUUUUGUAGGGAUGGCGAUCAUUGUCUUGAGACUUGAUGUCUGACCAUGUUUUGUCGAAGACUGUUUGGAGAAUUUUUCGCCGUUGUAAUUGUGCCUAAUGUUAUACUUAUUUUAUGAGGUAUACUUGCUGAGGUUACAAAUGAUUCUGUGAUUUAUGUAAUCAUGGAAAGGUUAUUUGGUGGUGCUUCUUUUGCUAGUGAUUGAGAUUGUGGAUUUGGCAUUAAACGGAAUUUACUUUUCAGUAGCAAUUUUUUUUUCCUGAGCGUGUUCAUGGAAAUUUGAAAGUACAUCUUCACACCUUUGUUUGUGUGCACAGUAGGAAGUGUCAUCUUAUUCUAACAUCAUUUAUCUACCCUCUUCCUGUAUACUAUUGCCUGCUGUAACGGCUCAUAAAUGCUUGAGGUUUGUAUGAACAUCUUUUGCCUUAAAGUCCAAUGUGUAUAAAUUAAACAAAGUGGCAUGCUCCAUCGGAUUGCUAGCUAUCUUCCUGUUUGUAACA